GCGGAUCUAUUUCUUAAUUUGGAGUAAAGGUUUGGUUUUGGUUCCCCUUACUCAAAUAGCCUUUGCAUCAACUGUUUGAUUGGUUGUGUCCACUGUUCUGCUGUGUCACAAAGAGAAAUGAUGUGAGUUUGGUCCUUGAUAAACUAAGACGGCAUAUGGAGGCAUUAGCUGAAUGAAAUCUGUACAGGGAGCAUCAGACCCCUGGCUAGCAUGCAGCAGUGUAUGGGUGGAGCACAGUAACCGAUCCCUCAUCUCUGAUUAGUGGAGAUGGUGAGGAUCCAUUCAGAUCUUAAGACCCAAGCACAGGCCUCAGUGGACAGGCUGGUAAUCUGAGUGUCCUCACUGCCGUUGGGUAUUAGCUCCCUGAAAGCAGGGCUUAAGCUCAGGAGUUUUAAGAGCAAACAACCUGCUUUUCACUGUGCUAACCUGACAGCCAUAGACCACCGGCAACAUGAGAGCAGAACAUUUCUUCAUGCUGCUGGGCCUGGGCCUCAUCCUCCUCGCUGCUCACAGUGAGGCGCUGAAGUGUUACACCUGCAUGGGCUCUACAGAUGAAGACUGUAAUCGCCAGGGCUCUAAAACAUGUCCGAGCUACUCGGAUGCAUGUGCUGUUGUCCGUGGACAUGGCAGUGGCGUAAUGAAGUCGUGCUCGUACAAAUCCUUCUGCAGCCAGGCUAACAGCCAGGGUUACAGAGCUCCAGGGGUCAAAGUUCACUGCUGCUACUCCGAUGACUGCAAUGUGGCUGGACACGCCACCAGAAUCAGCACAGGCUUCAGCUUCCUCCUGGGCCUUCUGUUAUUCGUCUGGCAUCUGCUGUCAAACUAAUGCUUCUCUAGACAAGCUGACCUGGCUAUUAAAGACCAUUACCAUAGUGGAACUUGACGGAACUCUGUAUAUUCUGUGAUUAGGGAUGUAUGGAUUCGCGUUUAGUACGAUUAAUGGUUAUUUUCCAAAUCAUCAAAGUGAUCAUCCUUAUCCCCUUGUUCGUGAGGAUAGUGAACAGAGCACUCGCAUGUCAUUAUUUAGUCGUUUGCAAUGCACUUGUCAAAGAGAGAUGUAAUUUCCUCAUAUUCAGCUGGGAUGUUCCCAUGACAACGAAUGCAGCACAUUGUGUUUCUGAAGAUUCGUUAGGGAAGGGAUGCAAUGCACAAAACAACAUUUUAUAUACACUUUCUAAAGGUUUUAUACAUAUUAGUUUUCAUAUAUUAGCAUAUUUUAAAAACAUUUUAAAAAUAUAAAAUGUAUAUUUAUUUGCAGCAGUUAUGCUAACAACAAUAAAAAGGCUUUGUGAUUUUAAAACAGCGACAUCUGCUGACGCACGUCGUGCUGCGUUCGUUGUCAUGGGAACAGUCCAGUUGAAGAUAAUGAGGAAAUUACAUCGCUCCCUUUGAAAAGUGCAUGACUAAAUAAUAACAAGAUCAUUACCAUUUGGAAAAUGACCAUGAAUCGUAUGAUACAUGAUAUCGAAUCGUUACACCCCUAUCUUUGAUUGUUAACAUACAUAUUGUUAAAAUACCACACUGCAUAUGUCAGCCAGUGUACUGCCAUGGGAUUGUGCAUGCAAUGCUAUUAGGUUAAUA